AAUAAUCGAUUGUGAUUGGUCAAUUUCUUACGACUUAAAGCUUACGAGUGUAUUGUAGAACAGGCCUUAAAGUAUGCUUGAUCAUAUCCUAACCUAUCUACACUUUAAAACACACAAAUUUGUUUAGUAAACAUAUGCUAAAAAAAGGAUCUGAAGAUAUUUUAAAAAUCAUAUAAAUCCACACAAGUCUAUUUUCGACGAAGUCAAUAUGACUGCUUCAAUCAGCACUGCUAUGGACAAUCUGAGUGCUGCUCACAAGUCCAACAUUAUCCCGAACCAGGAAUAUCUAUUGCAGGGAUCAGUACUGGACUCUUCUGUGGAAGUACUUUUGCACAGGCUUCGUGGUUUAUGUGACAACGUAGAUAGCGGACCGGAAUCUUUCUACGAUCACGAAAUAUGUUACAGUAUUCGCAGAGGUUCUUCACAAGAGACUCCGUUAUUGUUGCGAGCUCGACGUUCCGUAGAGCAAUCCAUGUCAGAUAUGCCGUGGCAAUUGCGGUAUAUUGGCACACCUGAGGUAGAUAAAUCUCGGCCCACAAUUGUACGCAGUAGCAUUGACAUCGCUACGAGCAACACAGUAGUAGAUUUUCUCAACGAGCUAGGCUGCAAAGUAGAUUACGAAUAUACUAUGCGCGGUUACAUAUUCCGUAAAGGUAGAAUGAAGAUUAUUGUUUCAAAAAUCAUUAAAGUAAAUCAGAUGAACAAGGCACCAGAAGGAAUGUCUGACAUGAUAACACAAAGUUAUCUCGUGGAGCUCAGUGUGCUGGCUUCCAGUGGACAAGAUGCCAUAGCGGAAGAUAUGAGAAUAUUUGCUGAGCAACUUCGACCUUUGGUGCAGCUGGAGAAAAUAGAUUAUAAGAGAUAAUAAAUAUAAUAACGAGUUGUAUGUUGUGAAAAUAGCAAUUACAAUACAUAAAUGAUACGAUUUAUUAAUUGA